UAAUAAUGGUUCCCCGCCCGCAAUCCUGAAUGCCGUUUACGUCUGAUUUCUUCAGACCCUGCUUUAAACACACGUUGAUAUUCAAAUGUAUGCAGGGGAACAGUAUUGGAGUAGUUAUUUGUGUCGCACGGCGAGGCGAGCGCUUUGUUUGUGGUGAUGUGUUGCAGGUGGGGGCAAGGUUAAGAAGGUUUCAUUCAUUGUCUUUUUUGGUGCGGUCUGAAGAGGACAUCUGUUCGCAAUGGGUCUCCUAAUUUCAAGAUUCAAGAGAAAGAAGACAACCUAUGAACUAUUGGAAAAGCUUGAUAAAGAUAUAACCAGCAUUGAGAAGUAUCGCACAAAUACCGAGCAAAGGCAACGUCGGAUUGUUGGGCAGCUGGUUGUCUACUCAGUCGGUGCUUAUGUUCUUGCUGCAGCAUUAUUUUAUUUUUAUUGGUUUCCCAGCACCCUACGGGAGCAGCUUAUUUGUGUCACUCCACUUCUACUUUUCCCAAUUGUCGUCCUGUUGCUGAAGAGAAUUUUAACUUUCUAUUACUCUCGUAAAAUUACUAAGAAUGAACAAAAAUUAUGUGAUUUACGAGCUGAGAAAAAAAAGAUUCUUGAGGAUGUUAUGGAUAAAGAGACAUACAAAGUAGCUAAAACUAUUUUGGAGAAAUUCGCUCCUGAGCAAUUGAGAUCAAAAGGACUGCAGGAAGCCAACUCUACUCCCAACAAGCUGAAUGCAGGAAAGACUCCACUAGCUUCUGCACCCAGAGGACCAGUUCAGCUCCAUCAAGCAACACCGUCUCGCCCCGUAGCUGGCUUAUCACCAACAGAGCUUCGUAGAAGGACUCUACCAUCUGCGUUAGGAAACCAAGGGCCCAAUACUGUGCCGCCUUCUUCAAUUUCAUCUGACUCUCUUUCUACUGCUGCAAUGCAACGAGCACAAUUCCUCUCUGGAACACCCAUGCACAGACCUUCAGCGAAUGGUCAGAGUUUCAGUUCUGAGUAUCGCCCACCAGGUCCUCCUUUACCACGUCCUGUUCUCCCCCGAGAACGCUCAUAUCUUGAUCGUGUCGUAGACUAUGUUGUGGGCGAUGGUCCAUCAAACCGUUUUGCUCUCAUUUGUUCUUCAUGUGAUUCACAUAAUGGCAUGGCUCUGAAAGAAGAGUUUGAGUAUCUCUCCUUCAGAUGCUCCUAUUGCCAUUAUUACAACCCUGCACGCAAGCAGCGCCCACAGGCCCCACGGCUUUCCCCUGUACCAGGGUCCAAAUUGCAUGCUGUGGGGCAGCUGCAGCAUGCUGGCAAAAGUGAUGAUACUUCAGACUCUGAGAAAAACAGUGGAUCUGAUAGCAGUGAUGAUGAUUCUGCACCAGAGCCUCAGCUGUUGAACAAUUCUGAUGCAACUGACAAGAAAGAUCAAGCUGACACUUCCCUUGACCGUGAAGCUGACGAGUUUCUAAAGUCUCUAGAUGGUAAAGAGGGCAAAAGUUCCUCUGUGGAGCCUCCAAGCAGCACAGGAAACAACCCCUCGGAGGAGGCUGAAAGCAGCACAUAAGCUAUUGAACUUUGUGCUAUUUACCUACUACCAUUUGAAAAUGAUUUAUUUUGGAUAAUGAUCCAUUAAAUCUGUUAUUUGUUGGAUUCUAUUAUGCAGGUACUAUCACUGCAUAUUUUGUGAUGAAUAGGAUCUAAGCUGUGCUUGAUUUUAUCUCUUUUCUAAAGAAGCCAUUGUGUUCUGUGUGAUGUGCGUAGUCUCACUUACACAUUUUCAACUUCUGAAGUGUAUUUUUUCAUUUAUUUAUUGUUCUCUAAGAACUCUUUGCUGACAUGUGUUGCUGGAUUCAAUCCUGCAUUAGUCAUAUUUAAGACACUAAAUUUCUUAAAUUAUUGUAUUUAAUGUUUUCUAUGAGGAGACACAACUUCUUGAGGGUACACAAUUUCAUCUUAGCUAUCUCCUUCAUUGGUCAGAAUUUAUUGGCCUCCUGCUUGUUGUUUUGAAGUAUCAUAGAAGAAUCUCUUGUUGGCCGUUCAUCUUAUAUCAAAUCAUAUGUAGAAGCUACUAACUUGAUGAAUUCUGAGGAUGUUCUCUUUUUAAUUUUCCAGGCCAUUAGAUGUUUGCGUUGUCAUUGAAAAUUCCAAUCUUCAGAUCCUGCAGUCAUUCAAUUUGUGUGACUAGGGAAACUCUCUUUAUUGUAGUUGACUUAAAAAUUGCUUCUCAGUUCAAUUUUUAAACAAAAAUAUUGAUGCUUUUAUUUAUGAGUGAUGCAGUGUAUGAAUUAAUUUGCUUGAUUAUUUUAUAGUAAUUUAUCCCAGAUGAAGGGUUGUUAUGGUUAAAGUCUGCAGCCUUUUAUGUGCACAUCAACCAACCUGAGGACUUUAACCGUAACAUAUUCACUCUACUGGCAUCAGCAUCUGUUUUGUUUGGGUGAUCAAUUUCUUGUUUUAUUUUCAUCUAAGAACUAUUGUAUUAACAAGCUUUUAAAAACCCUCAUUGUGCCUUUACUGUAUUUUGUACCCUGGAAUGUACGAUUGCUAAUCUAGUCACAUGAUUGGGACCCUACCUUAUGGUGAAGCAUACUUAAUAUUUGAUGUUUGUGAGUGUUUGUAUUGUCUGUGUCAAUUCAAUGGUAUAAUGGCUUCUCUAAACCCAGAUGGGUUUGAGUACCAUAAAGCAAUAUUCAAGGUAACUGAA